UGUGGCGACGCGUUUGGGACGUUUGGGUUCGAUGUACACCACAGGUACUCCGAUCCGGUGAAAGGAAUUUUGGACCUCGAUGGAUUGCCUGAGAAAGGUAGUAUGGAGUACUACUCAGCUAUGGCUCAUCGUGAUCAGUUCAUACGGAGACACGGUGGUCGCCGGCUUGCCGACACCGUUGACUCAUCACCGCUCACUUUCGAUGGAGGCAACGACACUUAUCGAAUCAGUGGUUUUGGAUUUUUGCAUUAUGCGAAUGUCUCGGUUGGCACGCCAAGUUUGUCAUAUCUGGUGGCACUUGACACUGGCAGCGACCUGUUUUGGUUACCAUGUGAUUGUACCAGUUGUGUACGUGGCUUGGUGCGGGGAUCCGGACAAAAGAUAGACUUCAAUAUUUACAGCCCUAAUACAUCAUCAACGAGCAUGACAGUUCCCUGCAACAGCACCAUGUGUGGACAACAAAGAAGACAGUGCUCUACGACAAGGAAAGCUUGUGCAUAUCAAGUUGUAUAUCUUUCCAGUAAUACUUCGUCUACUGGGAUCUUGGUAGAGGAUACGUUGCACUUAAUCACAGAUGAUAGCCCAUUAAAAGAUGUUGAUGCACAGAUUACACUUGGCUGUGGAAUAAUUCAAACUGGCACAUUUUUGGAAGGUGCAGCUCCCAAUGGUCUGUUUGGGCUUGGUAUGGAUGCUAUAUCUGUUCCUAGUGUUUUAGCAAGUCGAGGACUUGCUGCAAAUUCUUUCUCUAUGUGUUUUGGGCCUGAUGGACUGGGGAGGAUCGUUUUUGGAGAUAAAGGCACCUCAGACCAAGGAGAAACACCAUUCAAUAUUGGCCAAUUACAGUAA